AUGGCGGAUAUGACGGGGGCAUCGGCGGCAGCCGUGAGCAUCGGCAACUACAAAGGCGUCAUGCUGUGCAACCGGCCAUUCAACGGGGUUUCCAGCACAGCUUUGGCAAAGGAAAACCGAUACAGCGGCAUCAAAUCCAACAACAAUGCAGUCGACAACAGCAAGGCGGCGUUCCUAGCGGGCAAUCCAGGCGAGCCCUUGGGGCUGAACGUGCCGAUACUAAGCGAGCCUGCGCACGCAAUUCGCCGCGAUAAGAAGAACACAGCUCUGUCGAAGCACAAGAAGUGGCUCCACGACUUGCAGAAGGAGCGGGCCCGACUCCAGGAAGCUCUCGCGGAAGACGAGGAGGCCGCUCAAAAGCGUCGAGAACGGUUCUCGCAGAGAGAGGCCAAGCUGCGCGAGGCUGCGCGUAGCAGCAACAACGACGGCGAAGAUGGCGCGGACGGGGCGGGCCUUGCCGUUGAGAAGAAGAGCAAGAACUUACAUCGACCCAUGUGGGCGCUUACGAAGGCUACGGCUGAAGAGAAGCUCGAGUGCCUGGAGGACGCCGAAGCCAACGACCUCAUCGAGUUCGCAAACAACCUGGACAUCGAUCAGUUCAUGGACGACGUGGAGAUCAAGGCGCGCGUGGCACAAGUCGAGCAGCAGCUGGCGCAGGUGCAGUCUAUUGUGGACUAUGAAGAGGCCGAGGAGAAGCGCUGCGAACGCGAGCAACAGCGGCUUGAGGAACUUGCCAAUGGAGGCGGAGCUCUCAACGGGAACGAUCUGUCUCGGCUUGGAUGGGAUCGGGCAGACGCCAAGGACGACGACGCCAUGAGUGUGGCGAGCAGCGUGCUGUCAGAGUGCAAGUCGAUUCGGUCAGUGCACUCGGUCCGGUCGGUAGCUGCGAUCACGAAGCGCGUUGAAGCCAAACUGCUCACUGAUGGACCCGCCCCGUCGGAGGCGGGCAGUGCUGCACCCAUACCGCGUAUCGUGACUAUCGACGAAGAAGAUGGUGCCCGCAUGCAGAUUAAGACCCUGCCGAGCAACUUGCCUUACAUCCAUCGGAACCCCGCCAUCUAG